AUGUAUUUCAACGUUUCAUUGACGGCAUACAGCGCACCUGCAAUGCCAAUAAGUGAUUCUGUGAUGGUUUCUAAUCAUUCUUCGACUGCGGCUUACGAUAACGACAAAUCUUCCAUGUCAGUCAUUGAUUUUGCGAUGAUUUCGAAUGAUUCCGGACGGAUUUCUGAAGUUUACGCGGCUGAGAAUGACUACGACACAACGAGUGACUAUGUAUAUAAGGAUAUAUACUUUUCGAAUGUAUCUUUGACUGCGGCUUACGAGAACAACGGAUCUUCGAUGUCAGUCAUUGAUUAUGCGAUAAUUUCGAAUGAUUCGUACGCGGCUGACAAUUACUACGACACGAGUGACUAUAAGGAUAUAUACUAUCUGACAUUUUUCGGCUUUGAGGUCAUAACACUGGGUCUUGUACGCACUAUACUCGUCUUGUUUAUGAUUCCCGCAAAUGUGUUUGUCGUGGGCUAUUUUCUGUCGAGGAAAGGUCGCGGCAAGUCAACUAACCUGCUGUUUGUGAGCAUCGCCUUUUCCGACUCGAUGACAGGCAUUUCGUUACUUCCGAACUCGUUCAACGUAUACAUCCCAGACAUUGAUGGAUUAUCUGCAUCGGAAUGCAACACGUACAUGGUCUUGAAACUUUACAUCUCAAUAGCGUUUCAUACCGCAUCCAUAUGGCAGACUGUCUUCCUGGGAAUCCAGCGGUACCUCUGCGUUUGUCAUCCAUUCAUGUCCGGUCGCAUUUGCACCUUCUGGAAGACACGUGUAGCUGUACUUGUCAUGUACAUGUUGUCAUUUCUGAUGCAUAUUUACCAGCCAAUCAAUGCAAUUUCUCACAAUUACACCCACGCCCAUGAGUGUGAAUGGAGGACAGAUCAUCCUUGCGAAGAUGCCUGCUUGUAUAUGUGGAUUUGCGUUAUUUUCAUGCAUUUUCUUCCAGCGUCCCUUCUUGUAGGACUGACAACCAAGACCCUCAUUACUCUUCAAAAGGCCCAGCAAAGAGCCUCGUCCAUUAUGUCAAAGAGAACGAACAAGAAACGGAGCUCCCGUGACCGAAUAAUCACAAUCACGGCAGUGUUGAUUGUCAUCUGUUUUCUUGUUCCCGAAGUUCCUUAUGGAAUUUACAAGCUCUAUGCCCUGAUUAAUAUAUACAAACCAACGAAUGUAAAGCUCGGUGUCGAGACACAUCACAUUAUGAGUUCCGCCUACGAGAUCGCGUUAAUUGUCAGCUUUCACGCCAACUUUUGGAUCUACUGCAAGAUGAUGUGCGACUUUCGCAGAGCGGUAAUCUACGUGUUCACGCUCGGUUGUUUCAAGCGUUACAACCUCAAACGGCGUCAGAGUUUGAAAAGCGACAGUUUCCGAUCGUCCAAAGCGCGGACAGGAUCCGUUAUAAGCAGGAACACUGUUCUCAGUCGAACCACUAGCCUCCACUCCACUACAUCGGACAACAUCCACGCUGUCAAUCAAACGAUAUUGCUGACGCCUACGCCGACCAAAGACACUGGUCCAUCCGAUUUUUCGGCCAAUGUGUCAAAACAAAAGUCUGUAGAGGACUACGACGCGCAAGACGAUGAUGUUUUUGUGUAA